CUGCAUUGGCUACCCUACCAACAAUAGUGGGUGAAUCAGUAAUAACAAAACUAUUGAGAUAAGUUUUAAAGCUUAUUGAGAAAUAUUGAUUGUGUUUCUAUAAAUACUUUACCGUUUAAUUUUGUAAAAAACCUUCAUAUUUAAUUUUCAGAUAUGGAUCCAAUGAACAACAGUCCUUCAUUUUUAAAGCUUAUUCAGGAAGAUGACCAGAUAUUUUUGCAAAUACCUAAUGACUUUGCUUCAAUGAUUUGGGGAGACCAACCACCUUACAAAGAUUCAGUUAAGAUUGUUGAUGGCAACAAGUUAUGGUUUGUAAGACUGAAAAAAACUGAUGUUGGCCAUGUUCUUGCUGAUGGCUUCACCAAAGUUGUUCGGGAUAGUUGUAUAAGAAAAAAUAACUAUCUUAUGUUUCAGUCAUUUGGACAAUCAUCAUUCUUUCUAAUGGUGUUUAAAUCAUUUGUUCAUCAAUACUGCUUUAUAUCCAAAAUCACACCUGACAAAGACGUUAUUGUAAGUAGUAUAUUAUACAAUCAGUAUGAUGAAUAA